AUGUUCUUCAUCUUUACCUGCGGGACGCACACAUUCACCAACCGCCUCGCCGAAGCCGGCAACCUCACCGUGCAAUGCCAAAACUGCGGCAACAUGUCCGGCCACGUGUAUAAGCGGUGGGAAUGGUUCACCUUCUGCUUCAUCCCCAUCAUCCCCUUCAGCCUCAAGCCCUACAAGGAGGUCGGCUGCCACAUCUGCAACUUCUACCAGGACAUCAAGUACCGGCCCGACGUGCUCAAUCAGCUCGGCAUGGGGGGAGGAGGAGGUGGG